CCACCACCACCACCACCACCUCGUCUCCCCUCCCUCCCACCACCUCCGCCACCGCCCACCGCCCAGCUCCAGCCCUAGCUCCGAUCUCGCCGCCGCCGGGCCCCGGAUCCCGCCCCGCGACGAGACGCGCCACGGCCUCCUGGUCCUGGGCACGACGCUCCCUCCUCCCGCUCCGCCUUGCGUAAAGGUGGCAGCAUUGGGGGGAUAAUUUUGUUCUCACCCUGUGUGGUACGUGGCAUGUAGUUUUGGCGUUCUGAAGUAUAUGCGGAGGGUAUAAUCCGGGUAUAUUACUCUUGAUUCUGCAAUGGCAAGGAGAUGAAAGUACCGCGGGUGUGGCAGCGGGGCAGCAAGGACAUGACAGCCAUGCCACAUCCGCGCCACCGCACUGCCAAGAAGCCCAUGUGGAUAAUUGUGCUACUGUCAAUUGUUUGUGUUUCGUUGAUCAGGGCUUAUGUCUAUCCUCCACGGCGCUACUCGACCUGUUACUUCUUUGCUUCAAGUGUUUGUACUCCCUUUAAGGAUUGGCUCCCUGCUGUGACCCGGCGGGAGCUGACCGAUGAAGAAGUUUUUUCGUCUGUGGUUAUCAGGGAUUUGCUUUCAAUGCCUAUGCCCGUGUCCAAGAAUCCAAAGAUUGCAUUUAUGUUCUUGACACCUGGUUCAUUGCCCUUCGAGAAAUUGUGGGAGAAAUUUUUGCAGGGCCAUGAGGGACGAUAUUCCAUCUAUAUCCAUGCGUCGCGUGAAAAGCCUGUGCAUUCUAGUCCUUUGUUUGUGGGCCGAGAAAUUCGCAGUGAAAAGGUAGUAUGGGGCAGGGUUUCAAUGGUUGAUGCAGAGAAAAGGCUGUUAGGAAAUGCAUUGCUAGACAUUGAUAAUCAAUUUUUCGUCUUGCUUUCUGACAGCUGUAUUCCACUACAUACAUUUGAUUACAUCUAUAAUUAUCUGAUGGGAACAAAUGUUAGCUUCAUUGACAGUUUCCUGGAUCCUGGUCCUCAUGGAAGUGGAAGGUAUUCUAUAGAAAUGUUUCCUGAAAUAGAGCACAGGGACUUCAGGAAGGGUGCGCAGUGGUUUGCUAUAACAAGAAGGCAUGCUAUACUGAUUAUGUCAGACAACCUCUACUAUCGUAAAUUCAAGCUAUAUUGCAAGCCAACAGUGGGACGGAACUGUAUCGCUGAUGAGCACUAUUUGCCAACCUUGUUCAAAAUAGUAGAUCCUGGUGGGAUCUCUAAUUAUUCAGUGACACAUGUUGACUGGUCUGAGGGGAAAUGGCAUCCGAGGUCCUAUAGAGCUGCUGAUAUUACCUAUGAACUCUUAAGAAACAUAACGUAUUUCAAUGAGAUUGUGCACAUUGCAAGUGAUGAGACUAGAACUGUGACAUCGACCCCAUGUAUAUUGAACGGAAGAAAGAGACCAUGCUUCCUUUUUGCAAGAAAAUUUUACCCAGAUGCUGUCAACAAUCUACUGAAGCUAUUUCCCAGUUACACAUCUGCUUGAAUUCUACACGAUUCUUUGCCAUUGGCCUAGGAUUCCCCUAGGAUUUUUUCUUUUAUGUAAAUUUUGCAAUUGAUACUUAGCUUCUUAACAGAGAUCCAGGGCCAGAGACAUGUCGUUGCUACAACAAUAGCGACGCCCUGUCAUUCUGGGACCCUAGGUAGGGCUGAUGUGAUAUCUAUUUAGUAUAUGGACACUGCCCUCAUUGUAAUCCAUUGUGCCUUGUGCAUGUUUCUGUUAGCUGUCCAUUUCACCUUUUCCUCUCAUUCUUGUAUUUCUAGCUUUCCCUUUUUAGUUUCCUAGCUCCCAUCUCUUGAGGAACAGGGUUUUUGUCACGUUCAGCCCAUUCUUUUUGGACACAUAUUAUGAAAUGAGAGCAGCCUUAUAGUCUAGCUUGCUCAGUUUUGCCCA